ACGUGAUUCUUGCUAACUUGAGGCAAGAUGGCGGUGGUUGUACGGAGUUUGCAAGACCAGCUGGAAAAAGCUAAGGAAAGCCUGAAAAAUGUGGACGAUAAUAUUCGCAAAUUAACUGGACGCGACCCUAAUGAAUCAAGGUAAAAACACAGGCUGUUAGAGUAUGUAUCUGAGAGUUUUAUUCACUGAAAAGCAAACAAUAUUGUUAGCGUUGACCCGACGUGCGAUAACUGCUAGCAUGGGUCGGUUUGCUAAUUAGCAAAAAUGGCCACUUCUGAGGAUAUAAAAGAAUUUUACUAAGAGAAGUUUAGUCUUCCUACAUUUGAAUAUGGGUGAAUAAAGACACAAAUUAAACUAUCUAAACAAGAAUAAGUCUAAUUGUGUGCCUUUGAGAGGAGUAGCCAUCAGUGUAUGCUAACUGUCUGUCUGUGGGCCUUUCCCGCUCCGUGUCCAGGGCUUACCCGUAUCUAUACCAAAUAGUUUCUGUGAAACCUAAAAGAUGAUAUUUCUGCGCAUAAAUGUGUCAUUUUUAAGACAGUGUUGUGUUGGAGUUGAUCUGGUUUCCUGUUGAUUAUGUAGACCGGGUCAGAUCCGUCGGCUUGGAGGCCCCAUGGCAGGUCCCGGAGGAGGUAGAGGCAGAGGACUCAACCUGCUCAGGUAAACCAGCUCCGUGGAGAGACACGAUGAUAUAUACAUUUGAUUCAAUGUGUAAAUACACUCAGGAGAUGUCAGUAGGGUGUGAUCUGCAGAAGUUUACAGCUUGUGGCAUGUAACUUACUUUCAACCAGUGUACUGUUAAACUUCAGACAGGCAAACGUCAGAUCUCUACAUAUUGAUGGUAAAACUUGUUGCUGUACAUUUUGUUACUGUCCUGAAAAGUGUCUACACAGUAACCUGUAACAUUUAGGUACACGGGUGUUUGACAAAUAUUUGAGGGUUGGGAAACUGUACCUGGACUCCAAAUGUCUAAACAAACAAGCAGUGGAAUCGGUUGUUUGCAACAAGAUACAGGCGUUUGUUGUCCAGAAAAAUAAUCCAAGAUCCUUCAGUUAUUUUCAGACAUUUCAGCCUCAGUCAUAUUUAUUAUUAUUAUUUUUUCAUUAUUAUUAUUAUUAGGGAUUGUAGGUGUUUGGCUGAAGCAGUCACCAUACUCCGGCAGUGGAAGAAAGGUCAUGGUUAUUAUUGUAGCUUUGCUCUUGCUUGACAAUAUCACAGGCAUUACAGUGGGUAUCAUGGGUUACGCUGCUAUUCCCAUCCAUUUAUCAAAAAUUUUCCCAACGUAUGUCAUGAUAUUGACCAAAUGUCUCAAUUUCAGGACAUCAUAACCUGCAUAGACACAAAAUAAUUGCAACACUGAUAGAUGCAACCAUUAUGGCUUUGUAUAUUCUGGAGAGGGCCAUAAACAUACACUUUAAGGAAUUAAUGCCAAAUUUUCCAGUGCUUUAGUCUGCUGCAGUCAAAGUCAGCUAGACUUUUUGUCAUCCACAUUAUUGGUGUGGAAACAGAAGAAAAAAACAAAAGCAUAAAGGUAAAGCAUAAAGGGAAACAUGCUGUUUUAAGGUGAUACUAAAUUGAUGUUCAAUAUUCCAAAGCACCAGCCCACCUUUUACCUUUUCUUAUCCUUCACAGGCGUAGUCUCUCAGACAUUGGAGGCGGCGGCCCUCCUGCCAAGCAGAGGGACAUUGAAGGAGCUCUGCUGAGGUGAAAAUUUUGGAUUUUCUUUUUCUUUCUGCAUCUAUUGCUUAGCUUUCUCUGCAGCUAUGACAAUCGUCCAGAGAUGUGUGUCCCUUUUACAUAGGCCUGCAAAAAAAUUUCCAAGGUACAUGAAGGGCCACUUGUUUGAUGUAAAAUCUGGGUCUAUCACUUAUCAGUCAUUUAUCUUUUCGGGUGUGUGUCUGCAGGCUGGCAGGAGACCAGAGGGCCAGGAGAGACACACGCCACGACAGCGACGCCGAGGAUGAUGACGAUGUCAAAAAGGUGGGACUAUGCAAUCUCUUAAAAAUUGGGGGAGGGGAUUUUGUUUUCACUUAUGAAAUCAGCUAAAACAGUGAUCUGACCCAUAUUGUGUGGCUAGGACAUAACAAAACAGUCAGAAUUAUGUACUACCUGCUCAUCAGGGUAACGUUUUAAAGCCGGGGAGGUGUUUUAAUUGAAAUCAUUUUAUGUUUGUUGAAAUGUUGUAACUUACAAACAGAAACAAAGAACUCAAAUGAGAUUGAAACCCAAAAUGAAAAAAGGUUAUUAGUGGCUGUUUGAGUCCUGAAAUCGGUCUGUUUUGUCAUCUGUCAUGCUAUAAGCACCUGUACAGGUUUUUUUUUUUUUUUUUUUAAAUUGUGGUGAAGUAUUUCUUGUUCAUGUAUCAGAUUUUCUCUGUCCAUUCACCUGUCAGCUGAGGCAUUUGUUGUUUUGAAAAACAAACACUUCUAACACCUCUUCUAUGAAUCCUCCAUCCCUCAGCCGGCGUUGCAGUCGUCUGUAGUGGCUACCUCCAAGGAGAGAACACGCCGAGACCUCAUUCAAGAUCAAACCAUGGAUGAGAAGGGCAAACAGAGGCAAGUACACCUGAGUUUUGUGAGCCUGGGUCUGAAACUCCCACGGUCCUUUUGAUCGUUGCUAAACUGCACCAACGAUUUAAUUAAUCUACAAGACAAACCAAAAAGUUUUCAUUUUUCUGAUGGUUAUUGGUGUGCUCUUAUUCAGGAAUCGGCGUAUGUUCGGCCUGCUGAUGGGCACCUUGCAGAAAUUCAAGCAGGAGUCCAACGUCUCUACAGAGAGGGUGAGAAAAUCUGUUUGACUGAUUAGAAAACUGUUGAUCUGACUCUAAGGAGGGCAGGCACCGCAAAUAAAUAUAUUUCCAGAUUACUAAUCAGAGUUUCUGAAAGGAGGAAAAUGUGAUGACUCUGAUUGAUCUGACCUUGAUAAAACCUUUACUUGUGCUUUUAGACAGUUCUUAUCUUCACAUUUUGACAACUUUCCUUUGAUUUCUGUGUUAUUAGUAUUAUUAGUGUUUGCAAAUGGACGACAUAUUCAGAUAUAACAAUAAAAUAUUUUUCACCGUACCUGUACAUUCUGCCGUUUGCUACUGGUCUCCUUGUAGCCACGCCAGUGAACUCCUUUUUUAUAUCCCCAUAGCAAAAGAGACGUUCAGAGAUUGAGCAGAAGCUCGAGGUUCAGGCUGAGGCUGAGAGAAAGAAGGUGGAGUCUGAAAAGAGGGAGCUGUUUGAAGAGAGGAGAGCCAAACAGACUGAGCUGAGAUUGUUGGAACAGAAAGUGGAACUAGCUCAGCUGGUAAGUAAAUAUUUCAUACACCAUUUCCUUCAACUCGACAAAUUGCUCCCAAGGUUUUGUGGAUUAAAGGAGCUGUUAAUACUUCUUUUGUCACAAGGACAGCGUGUCCCCUACAUUGGUGUAAAUAAAAAAUGUAGAGGGAAGGAAUUUAUUGUGUCACAGUAUGACAUUGCUCAAAAAACACCCGCUGCAACUUUGCUCUGCAAAGCACGUUUGAUAUUGUCAAGUAUCCACACGUUUCAAUGUGUUUCUCCAUCUUUAGGUUAUAAUCAUGCAUUAAGAGAGACAGUGUGGUUUUUAGUUAAACACAAAAUCUGUGAAAUGCAAUUGAAAACACUUCAAAAUUCGAGACAAUGGACCAGUACAGGGCAGUGACAUGAGUCAGGAGGUGAAGAGGGGGAAAUGGGCCUUUUGCUACCUCACAUAAAGUUGUACAAGACUGCUUUGUCUUAAGUGAUGCAGAAUUUGUAACCAUGAGGUCUUUAGAACAGAUGAGUUGAAAAAUUGUGUGAUCACUGACAAUAACUUGCUAAUGCUAAUACUCAGCAUUCACAUUCUCCUUAGUGCAGCCCACAUACUGAUACAUAGGAGUCUGAGUCCGAGGAAGAGCCAAGAAGAGCUGUGGGCUUUUGCAUUAAACUGUGUUGACUUACAAUGAAAGACAUAUAAAACAGGCCAAUCAAAAGACCCGCCUGCCCUUUGUAAAUUUUCUCUGGCAGUAACCGUUUGAAACUACACUACAGCUUGGUCAAACCUUUAAUAGUACCUGGGGCUGUCAGAGAAUAAACCAGUUAAAUGCUGGAGUAAACUAUGACAUCAAUUUAGGGACCGACAUACAGCACUUUGAGGACAUUUUCAAGACAGCAGUGAAAAUAUUUGGACUACUGAUGCAAAAAGCUCUUUCUUUUUAUUGAGAUAAUUUCAAACUGUAAAAUGUAAAAAUGAGAAAGUAUGUCUUGUUUAUUAUUAGUGGAUGUUGAAAAUUUGACUGGUGGUGGGGAAUCAUGCUGAGUUGUGAUUGAAAAUAAAAAGUGUACUUUCUUUACCUGUAACCUUUUCUUUCUGCUAUCAACAGCAAGAGGAGUGGACCAGCCACAACACUCGGCUGGUGAAAUAUAUCCGAACCAAAACUAAGCCUCAUGUUUUCUACCUGCCUGGAAAAAUGUGCUCCGCCACACAGAAACUCCUCGAUGACUCCACCAAGAAACUAAACGGUUAGUUCAGCGCGUCUUAGAAUCUGACUGAUAGCAGUUUGUGUGUGGACAUUUUGUAACGUCUGUGUAUGUCAACUUGUGUUUCCUGGACAGCUGUCUUUGAGGAGAGGCGUGAGGCUUUUGCCGAACACCUCAGCAAGAUGGAGUCUCGCCCCCGGCGCCAGCCAAACCGUGACCAGGACAGCAACGCGGCAGCUGCAGGGAUGGACCACUCAGCGGAGGGUAAGCCAGCAGGUCAGAUAGUCAAGGUGACAGGUAACAAGGGGCUAGCAGAGAUGGAUGAAGAGGAGGAGGAAGAUGAGGAGGAUGAGGAGAAGGGUAUGGAGGGGGAUAGAAAGGUAGCAGUGAGGGAAGAGGAGAGAGAAGAAGAGGAGGAGAAGAAAGAGGUGUUGAGGAAAGAAGAAGAGGAGGAGGAAGAAGAGAAAAUGGAGGUGAGUGAGGAGGGGAAAGAGCAGAAGAAGGAAGGUGAGGAGGGGGUUCAAGAGGAGAUGAAAACAGAGCAGAAGGUAGAGAAGGAAGCUAGUCCACAGUCAGAGGAGAUGGAGGUAGAGGGUGGGGCAGAGCAGGAGGGUAAGAGUAAUGGAGAGGGGGGAGAGACAGACGGUAAAGCGGAGGCCAAAGACCUUCAGAGUGAAAACACCCAAGAAACCCAUGACAUGCAGUCCUCUGAGACAACUGUACCCAGCCAGGAAGUACCAAACAUCAGUCAGCCACAGAUCAGCCUCCCUGCUGAGGAACCAGCCGUUCAGGCUCCUGAGGUUCCAGGGCCUGAGAGCAUCCCCGGUCCUCAAACAGUUCCCACAGUGCCUGAGCAGGCCCCUGUCAUUCCUGUCCAAGACUCAGCUGUGGAGAACCAGACUGUGGAAGAGAAAACAGUGGAUGAAAUGCGCCCUAAACUUCCUGAUACCCAGGAGGCCCCCAGCGUCACUCCUGCGCCCUCUCAGGAAGAGGAGGGUGCUGGAAGGGGGAGGAAGAAGGAAAAGCAGCCCAAAAAGGCCCGCAGUCACAGCAACAGCUCCUCUUCUUCCUCCUCUGGAUCUUCCUCCAGCGGGAGCUCCUCUUCUUCUUCUGGGUCUAGUCGCUCUUCAUCAUCAUCGUCCUCUUCUUCAUCAUCCUCGUCGAACAGCAGCAGCCGCAGUCGCAGCCGAGACAGCGGUAAGCGCAAGAGGAGGCCUUCAGAUAGGAGCAGGAAGAAGGGAGAAGAGCGGAGUCACCACAAGAGGGGGGGGAGUAGCGGAGGAGGGAGGGACUCAAAGGGUUCAAAGGAAAGGAGGAAGAGGAGGAGUGACGAAGGGAGGGGCAGGUCAUCCCGAGGAGACAGGGAGCAUAAAGAUAGAGACAGGAAAGACAAAAGACGCUGAUGUGGCUAAAUGUACCUCACAAACAGGAUACCGGGGGAAUCAUAACAAAAACAUUGACAUAUGUUGACACAUGAGAUGAUUUUUAAACUAGCAUUUCCCCUAAAACUGCCACUGAGGUGUGGACAGAGAUACAUUUUUUUUUUGCAGGCUAGUGAUUGAGUAAGUAAAAACUGUAUUGAGCUAUGAAGUGGGUGACAGGUUGCUCUUGACCUGGCAAAAGAAACAGACUUUUAAAGGUGGGGUCACAGUGGUUCAUCUGGCUGGGCAGGCCCUUUUUUACAGUCCUUCAUUGAACCCUUGCCAACAGAGUUGAGACUAUUCAGCCCCUUUUUAUCCCACAUCUACAUGAUUUAACUGGCGUAAAUUUUAUAAAGGUCUUUGUGGCAGAAUGAAAAGAUCCUGUUGAAUGUUUAAUCAGUUUCUCGUCCUUACAUUGCCAACGGCCGCCGUAUUAACGGCAGCUGUUAUCAUAAAGUUGUUGUGUUUUCAAGCUGAUGUGACAACACUGUUAAAUCUCAUGUCUUCACUAUUUGGUUGCUGUCGAGGCUGUCCACUUCACGUGGGUACGUUUGUGAUUUGUCCAAAUUCUGGAUUUUGAAGGGGUUUUUUUCCAUUGUGUUUUCUUUUUUUGUACAACUGAUAAUCUGCUUCAAAUUAAAGGUGAGGUCUUAGACAAAAUAUGUGCGG